CCCAGUGGCUCACGACAUGACCCCGUUUACCAAGAUGGCCGUCUAUCGUCAUAUCAUUCUGCCAACAAUACUCCUUAUUUUUGCAUCCAACUGCAUAUUUGCUGCUCGAAUAAUACCGAUUUCAAAAUCGCCCGAACUGUCCCCUGACGAUUACGGAUGAUAACGACUAUAAUUUAAACAUCAAUGGAGUCCCCUGGUUGUUCAGCGAGAGUACGUUCUUCAGGGCUGAUGGUCAGAUGUACUCGGUGGAGGAAGGACACUCCCUCUGGUCAGCGUCACCAAUGGGAGCGGCGUGGACAGGAUGGGGCAAUGGAAAUCUGUGGACUUCCUUUUCAAGGCAGGAUCUCACCAGAUGCUGACAAGUCUCAUAUACUACAUACAGCCCAUUUACCCACUGGUCAUGUUUAAACAGAAAUACCUUGACGACGUCCAUGACGCAAGUGCCAGUCUGAGAGAUGAGACCAUUUCCGGGUUCCCUAGCUUCCAAGUGGUUGACAAGUCAAAUAUUGGUCUUGGCUUUUUGUCCUACGGUGGCAUGAUGACAGGCGACACAAGAAGGAAAUUCGGACCAUGGGGAGAAGUGAUGACAGAUUAUAACCAGGGCAUCACAGAUGGGCCUCUGGUAAUAUUUGACAAAAACAAAUCAGCAACUGCUUUCGUCAUAUCUCCAGCCAGUAGGUUCAUGAUCGCAUCGAUGUGGCACAAAUCAAUAUUAGAUAUACAGGGAGCUGCUCACUGGGGCCCUCUGGGAACAGUUAACAAUGUACCUAAGGACUUUGAUAUGACAACCAUCGCCUACUGUGGGGGCCAAGGUAUAAACAAGGUAUGUGACAAUAAUUUCAGCGAUUUAGUACUGGGGACGUUCCUACAGCACUACUACCAGCGUGACGAUCGUUACGUCAAGUCUGACCUCACUGUCAACUACAUCGGAUACUGGACUGAUAACGGGGCUUACUACUACUAUAACACUGUGCCCGGGAAAACCUAUGAAGACACGAUGCUUGAUGUCGUGAACUAUUUUCCACAAACUGGCAUUGCAUUCAAAUACAUACAGUAUGACUCAUGGUGGUACUUCAAGGGAGUCGGGGACGGUGUAAAGACAUGGGUAGGCCGUCCAGACAUAUUUCCCCAUGGGAUGCAAUGGGUGUACAAUAAAACUGGAUUACCGGUGUCAGCACACAAUAAGUUUUGGUCGGGUGAUACCACUUAUGCUAAACAAAACGGAGGAAAGUACAACUUCAUUAUAGAGGGCAUAAGAGCAGUUCCUGACGACCAGACCUUUUGGGACGACCUUCUGAAGUCAGGGCGAGAAUGGGGGUUGAUCACGUAUGAACAGGAUUGGCUGAACCACGAGUUCCUGAACGUGAAAGCUCUGCAGACCAAUGUUUCUCUGGGGGAGACGUGGUUAAAACAGAUGGGGAAGGCAGGUGUAGACAACAAUGUGACCAUCCAGUACUGCAUGUCCAACUCCAGACAUAUAUUACAAGCUCUGGAGAUCCCUGCUGUAACCCAGGCCCGUGUCAGUAAUGAUUAUCAUCCAGGCUUGGAACAAUGGAAGAUCGGUGUCUCAUCAAUAUUCGCCCACGCCAUGGGAAUCAGACCGUACAAGGACACCUUCUGGACGACGCGAUAUCAACCAGGAAAUAAAUAUAUUGGAGGAACAUCAGAACCCAACACGGAGCUGAAUGCCUUGAUAGCUACCCUAAGCACUGGUCCUGUGGGACCGGGGGAUAUGAUUGGGGCAUUCAACGAAUCAAUAAUAAUGAAGAGUGUCAAUGCCGAAGGGAAGAUUCUGAAACCAUCUAAACCUGCAACAGCCAUAGAUAAUCAAAUACGAAGGCUGGCGUUCGGCGCAGAUUUUAACGGCCCGUCUGGGGAGGUAUACACCACUUACUGCGACCUGGGUGGAAUAUGGAAGUUUGGUAUCAUUCUGGCGGCUGAUCUCCUGGCAGGGUACACGAUAUCCCCAACAGAUGCAGGCUUUCAGCAGUUAAAACAGUUUCCGACCAGCAGAGUGUUUUCACACAGAAGCACAAGCAACAUCGACAUCUUCACCGAUGAGAGUCCCCUGGAACUAUCUGGCUGUUCAACAGUUGACUUCUGUCUAUACUACACCUCACCGACCAUAGCUAUGGGCGACAACACCGUCGUUGUCGUCCUUGGGGAGCUGGAUAAGUGGGUGCCGAUGUCUCCACAGAGGGUAGUGGGGAUCAGCAUGGACACUGAUGUGACUAUCCGCAUUACUGGUGCUCCCGGGGAGAGGGUCACGCUCUGGUUCAGCCUCAAUGACCAGGUUGUCACUGUUAAAUGCACCGUUGGUCCAAAAGGGUUUGCUACUAUUCUCGCCAGAGCACUUACAUGCGCUUCUGAGUAGCUGUGGUUGUUAAUAAAUUAUUUUGGAGACUUUA